AUGGGUGAACAAGUUAAGGAUUUUUCAAAAGCGACACCUCCGCUGCCGCCGACUCCCGGCCUCGGCCCAUCGAGCCCAGCGCCUUCCGCGGCCCGCGCUGCCCGGUCACCUGGCGCUCCCGCUUGGCCGACGGCUCCUCCUUCACCUCGGUCACGAACAAGCACGGCACCUUGCGCUGCACCGCGCCCCUGCGGCUCAUGGCCCCGCCAGUCCGAUCCCGCCGCCGGCUCCGCGCCCGGCCGGAAGCGCGCCCGCACCGCGCUGCGCCAUGGGAGACGUAGUCCGGCUGCGCCCGGCAGGAGCCCCAUGGCGGAGCGAGGCCACCUCUGGGGCGAGCGGGAGUGUCCCGCCGGGACGGGGCUCGCGCUGGGUCUGAGGCGAAAGCCGUUGGCUGUUACUUCAGCGGCUGAUCUCGCUCGGCGGCCUUCACUCCGCCUCCGCGCGGGCAUGGAAGCGGUGUCCCCAAGGAGCGGAGGCUUCUCGGUGUCAGCUGUGGCAGUGGACAUCAUGGGAGCAAGAGAAAGCAAUUAACAUAAA